AUGGGCAAAAUUACCUUGCAGUAUCACUUUCUCCUCAAUAAUCAUAUGUCCACUCUUUUUGUUUACAGAGGAUUUGCUCAUGCCUCCAUGGUGUAUGCCCUUGACCGCAAAAUGCCCCUGUACAUGUCCACCAAGAACACCAUCCUCAAGAAAUAUGAUGGACGUUUCAAAGAUAUCUUCCAGGAGAUUUACGAUAGUGAGUACAAGGGCAAGUUUGAAGCUGCAGGUAUCUGGUACGAGCACCGCCUGAUUGAUGACAUGGUUGCACAAGCUAUGAAGAGCGAGGGUGGAUUCGUGUGGGCUUGUAAGAACUAUGAUGGAGAUGUGCAGUCAGACUCUGUUGCACAGGGCUUUGGAUCACUGGGCAUGAUGACCUCGGUGCUAGUGUGCCCUGAUGGAAGAACUCUAGAGUCUGAGGCUGCCCAUGGCACUGUCACACGCCACUACCGUCAGCACCAGCAGGGGAAGGAGACAUCCACAAACCCUAUUGCUUCCAUCUAUGCCUGGACGCGAGGUCUUGCCCACCGGGCCAAGCUGGACAAUAAUGAACCCUUGUCCAAGUUCUGUGCAACACUUGAACAGGUGUGCGUGGAAACCAUUGAGAGUGGAGACAUGACCAAGGACUUGGCUAUAUGUGUCAAGGGAAUGGCUAACAUCACCCGCGGUGACUACCUCAACACCUUUGAGUUCUUGGACAAGCUGGCAGAGAACUUGCAGAAGAAGAUCACUGCUUGACUAUCCUUGCAGGAACAGUCACAUCCCCCGGCCAAGCUCUAAACGCAACAAGACAUUCCCCAUCGCCUUUAAGUCUAACAAUAAAAAUUAUGUCCCAGUGUCCCUAGGGGAUUUUUAUUGAUUUAGGGGUUUUAAAAUAUUUUAAAACCUGUAUUAGGGACCAGAUAAUAAAUUUAGUAAAUUUUAAA